AUGGAAAAGCUGAAUCAAACAUUGGUAACUGAAUUCAUUCUUUUGGGAAUCACAAACAUCUAUUGGCUAAAGAUCCCUUUCUUCAUUACAUUUCUUAUAUUGUACAUGUUUAGUUUGGUAGGAAAUGUCAGUAUUGUAAUUGUGGUAAUUUAUGAACACAACCUGCACACACCUAUGUAUUCCUUGUUGAGUAAUCUUUCUUUCUUGGAUUUCUGCUACUCAACAACCACAGUUCCUAAAAUGCUUGCAGGUUUAGUAAUGAACAACAAGAAAAUAUCUUUUACAAGCUGCAUAGCUCAGCUCUUUUUCUUCCACUUUUUGGGAAGUACAGAAGCUCUUCUUCUCAUGUCUAUGUCUUAUGAUAGGUAUGUUGCUAUAUGUAACCCUCUACGUUAUCAUAAAAUCAUGGCAAAAAAAACUUGUAUAAAGUUGGCUUUUGGGGCAUGGGGCACUAGCUUUUUUUAUUCACUGACACACACAAUUCUAGCAUCCAGAUUACCAUUCUGCAGGUUCAACAAUGUAGACCACUUCUUGUGUGAUAUCAAGCCAUUAUUAAAACUUGCCUGUUCAGAUACUCGUCUCAAUGAAAGUCUGGUGUCCAUUAUAACAGGCUUCAUAGGCAUUGCCUCCUUUGUAUUAAUAGUAAUCUCUUAUGCCUUUAUUGGGACUCACCUCAUGAACAUACAAACCUCCCAAGGUAGACGCAAGGCCUUUUCUACCUGUACUUCCCACCUGACUGUUGUCCUUUUAUUCUAUGGAACUGCUCUCUCCACAUACAUAAGACCAGCCACCAAAGAUUCUCUGGAGCAGGAUAGACAGGCCGCUGUAUUGUACACCGCAAUUACUCCAGCCUUAAACCCACUUAUAUAUGCUCUGAGAAACAAAGAUGUAAAAAUUGCACUUAAAAAACAUGUUUUAAGAAGGCAUGGCUUUUAA